AUGCUGACCCAGGCGUCGAAGGUGAAGCUGAAAAAGACGUUGCAGGAGCCGUCGGGCGGCACCUGCGCCCGCAGUGCCAGCGCCGGCGGGCAGGAUGACAGGUGGCGGCUCGGUGGGAGCAGCGCGAGGUGCCUCGCUGCCUGCCAAGUGAAUCCCGGCGCAGCGGCGGCGACGGCGACAGCGGCCAUAAAUCACGGCGGCAGGAAGCCCGUGACAGUUCCCGGGAGUCCGCCACCGCCGCCGCCGCCGCCGCCGCCUCCGCCGCUGCUGCCGCCGCCUCCUGCGCGCCGCUCGCCCGCGCUGCCCUGCUCUGGCCGCCCCAUUUGUUUCAAUCUGGCAGCGGCGGCUGCCGCCAUUCAUUACCCGCCGGCCGUGCGUGCCGUGUCGCCUCGUGUCGACCCCGUGUCGCCCCUCUGCCGCCCCGCCGCCCCCGGGACCGCCGACGCCCACCUCCGUGGCCGCCCCUGUCGCCGCAGCCUCUGCCACUACCAGCGCGCUGUCAACCACUGGCGCUGCUGCCAGCGCAGUUCUCGACGAGAGUGGUUGGCGAUCCAGCCGCAGCGCGGCGCGCCCGCUCAUAAAUCACAGGCGGUGGGUGGCCGCAGGCUGCUGGUGCUGGCACGAAACAAGGGCGGCUGCCGACACAGGCGCGGGUCUCAAGGCGCCACCUGCUCGCUUCUCGGGGUGCCUUCCAUCCAGCGACCUACACCAACCAGCCUAAACAAUACAACGAGGCGACGCGUCAUGGGAUAG